ACAUUGUGACUGAUGAGAUAUAAAGGCCAUGGAUGACGAUGGACUUGAGCUACAGCCACAUGAUCCACAUGAAUUUUUUGAUCCUACAGCCUCCCAUGUGCCCUUGAGAUAUGUUCCAGAGGAUUCGCCCAACCCUCUAGAGCAGAUUUUGGGGGAGAGGUGUGGAGGGCUGCAGGGAGGAAGGGCAAUCUUCACAAGCAGUGUCCAUUCCGCUGGUGGAUGGAUACCAUUGGAUAUAACAGAGCUGAUGGAACACAUUUGAAUGGAAAUGAAAUUGUCGUUGAAAUACAGGAAACUGUAUAUAUAUCAGAUGUGGAGGAUCCUGAUAUAACUGUUCAUAACUUUGUUCCUGAUGAUCCUGAUUCUGUAGUAAUUCAAGAUGUCAUUGAGGAUGUUGUUAUAGAAGAUGUUCAGUGUUCAGAUAUCAUGGAUGAUGCAGACAUAUCUCAGACUGUUAUUAUACCUGAACCAGUGCUGGACACUGAUGUCACAGAAGAAGUGUCGUUAGCACACUGCACUGUUCCAGAAGAUGUUUUAUCCUCUGAGAUCCCAACUUCAGAAAUGUCAAUGCCUGAACAUGUACUCACAAAUGAGUCAAUGCAAGUACCUGACGUUGGACAUAUGGAACAUGUAGUUCAUGAUCAUAAUAAUGUUGUAGAAGCAGAAAUUGUGACUGGUUCUCUGGGAGAGGAUGUAGUUUCAGAAGUGUUGGUAGCAGAUUGUGCCUCUGAAGCGGUAAUUGAUGCCAGUGGAAUACCUGUGGAACAUGAUGAUAACAAGGGCAACUGUCAAGACUACCUUAUGAUUUCCUUGGAUGAACCUGUCAAGGCAGAAACAGACAAUUCUGUUGAUACUAAAUCUGAGUCAGAAGGUGAUCCCUGUAAAAUGGAUGGCAUUUGCCCAGAAGUUAUCAAAGUCUAUAUUUUCAAAGCUGAUCCUGGUGAAGAUGAUAUAGGAGGCACAGUAGACAUUGUAGAAAGUGAAUCUGAAAAUGACCAUGGAGACACAUUAAUUAAUCAAAACAGCAGUGUUCGCAUUCCAAGGGAAAAAAUGGUUUAUAUGACAGUAAAUGAUUCACAGCAUGAAGAUGAAGAUUUAAAUGUUGCAGAAAUUGCUGAUGAGGUGUAUAUGGAAGUGAUCGUAGGAGAAGAAGAUGCAGCAGCUGCUCAUGAGCAACAAAUUGAUGACAAUGAAAUCAAAAGCUUUAUGCCUAUAGCUUGGGCAGCAGCUUAUGGUAAUAACACUGAUGCAGUUGAAAACCGGAAUGGAACUGCAAGCGCUCUCUUGCACAUAGAUGAAUCUGCUGGUCUCGGGAGACUAGCAAAACAAAAGCCAAAGAAAAGGAGGAGGCUUGAAUCUAGACAAUACCAAACAGCAAUAAUAAUUGGGCCUGAUGGUCAUCCUCUGACAGUCUACCCCUGUAUGAUUUGUGGAAAGAAGUUUAAAUCCAGGGGUUUCUUGAAAAGGCACAUGAAAAACCACCCAGAGCACCUUCUUGCAAAGAAAAAAUAUCGAUGCACUGAUUGUGAUUACACUACAAAUAAAAAGUUAAGCUUGCAUAACCAUCUAGAAAGCCACAAACUUACCACCAAGACCGAGAAGCUAAUUCAAUGUGAUGAAUGUGGGAAAAGUUUCUCUCAUGCAGGAGCUUUGUUUACUCACAAGAUGGUGCACAGGGACAAGGCAGCAAACAAAAUGCACAAGUGCAAAUUCUGCGAAUAUGAAACAGCAGAGCAAGGAUUACUGAAUCGUCACCUUCUGGCUGUGCACAGUAAGAACUUUCCUCACAUUUGCGUGGAAUGUGGUAAAGGAUUUCGGCAUCCAUCAGAGCUCAAGAAACACAUGCGAAUCCACACUGGAGAAAAGCCUUAUCAGUGCCAAUAUUGUGAAUAUAGGUCUGCUGAUUCGUCCAACCUGAAAACUCAUGUAAAGACUAGACACAGUAAGGAAAUGCCCUUCAAGUGUGACAUUUGUUUUCAAAUAUUUUCAGAUACCAAAGAGCUGCAACAGCACAUUCUUAUGCAUCAGGAAAGCAAAACACAUCAGUGCCUGCACUGUGACCAUAAAAGCUCAAACUCCAGUGAUUUAAAGAGACAUAUAAUUUCUGUUCACACAAAGGACUACCCCCAUAAGUGUGACAUGUGUGAUAAAGGCUUCCACAGGCCAUCAGAACUGAAAAAACAUGUUGCAGUGCAUAAAGGCAAAAAAUUACACCAGUGUAGACAUUGUGACUUUAAGAUUGCUGAUCCGUUUGUUUUAAGUCGCCAUAUUCUCUCAGUUCACACAAAAGAUCUUCCGUUCAGAUGCAAGAGAUGUAAGAAAGGAUUCAAGUUGCAAAUGGAACUUAAAAAACACAUGAAAACACACAGUGGUAGAAAAGUUUAUCAGUGUGAGUACUGUGAGUAUAGCACUACAGAUGCCUCAGGUUUCAAACGGCAUGUUAUUUCCAUUCAUACAAAAGACUACCCUCACCGUUGUGACUUCUGCAAGAAGGGUUUUCGAAGGCCUUCAGAAAAGAACCAGCAUAUUAUGCGGCAUCAUAAAGAUAUUGGACUGCCAUGAGGACUCUUCUAGAUAUGGAUUUGGGAAAGGUGUGUGUACAAGAUAUGCUUUCUAGGCCAAUUGUAAAUUACAAUUUAAAUUGUAAUUUAAAGCAGAUCACACAAACAGAAUAUUGUGCAUUUGAUUUAAUGCUGUAUACAGAUAGGAUUAUUGCUUCUAGUUGACUUUGUAUACAUUUUGUUCAUUAGUGUGUUCUGAAUUUUCUUCCAUUUGUUUAAUAAAUGAGGAAGAAUAGCAACAAUAAAGUUGCAUUUAAUAAAGUAAACUCUGUCUCAAACUGAAUUUUUCAACCACAUUAGUUCUCUGAAAUAUUUACCUUACUGGCAUGGUUCAUAUUCAGUACUCAUACCAACUCACGUUUUGUCAUGAGUAAAAGAGAUUUUUAAUUUGCUCUUGAUAAAGAUGCUGUAGAGAGAGCUAUAUAAAAUAACUGGGAAGAAUUAAUGUCAAAAUUUAGCAUUGUACCAUAGGAACCCCUUAAUUGUCUCAUUGGCAUUUAAGGAACUUGUGGCACAAUAUUCAUUUAACUAGUUACUCAGCACUAUUUUCCAUUAUUUGAAGCUAUUUUAUGUAGUGUUUAAUACUUCCAUGAUAAGUAAGAAAUACAUUGGUUGCUGGGAGCAUUUCUUUUCAAUAGGUGUGGAUUUUAAAAGAAAACUUGCACUUGUUCAUAAGUAUUAAUUAGCUGCUUCUCUGCCUUUUGGUUCUGUAUUACAAAUGUAUUUGUGUUUUGAAACGUAUUGUUUCUGUUGAUGACAGGAUAAAGUAAUCAAUUUACUGUUGCUAAGUUUAGCCCAAAUUAAAUGCAAUUUUAUUACAAGACUCUAACUGUAUGAAAUAUUUGGUCCGGUCGCAUGUAUAACUAUCUACCAGCAGCCUUCGGCAAAUUAUUAUACACUAUUUAGAGAGAAAACAGACGGAGUAAAGAAUAAAAGCAGGUGUAUUUUUCUGAAGCAUUUUUUCCAGCAGCUUGUUUAUGUUUUCUCUGUUGCUGUUUUAGGAACACAGAGUUUUUCUUAUCAGUGGUUUAUAAAACAGUAAGUUUCUAGAAUUUAUCCAUUUCUUCUUUAUUUAAAAAUUUCCGGAAAGAUGUUGCAAUGACUGCCUGUGCGCUGAAAACUAUUGCUAAAGCAAAGCUACUGCACUCUGCCUCAUGGCACAUGAGGACUCUGUAUUUUAAAAGUUAAGUAAGAAAACAAAAAUAAUUCCAAAGCACACUGUAAGGAAUUUCACAUUUUUCGUCAUGUACAUGUACCAUAUUUGUUACUUUAAAAGAAGAAAAAGCUAUGAUACUCUAGGUGUUUUUUUGCUUGCUUGCUUCUUUUCCUUUCCCCUGCUUGAGUUUCAGAAGUAAUCUGGUCGAACUUACUGAAAGUGAGAAGCAAGUUUCAAAUGAGCUGCUUUUGCAUAAUACCUUCCCUACUUCUUACCAUUUUCCUUAACCAGAAACUUGAUAUCCCAAGGAAUCAGGUUUAUAUCCUAUGAUACAUAGCCAGAAGACACAAUGUCUCUACAUUCCUUCAGAAAUCCCAGUAUUCUCAGGCUGAUGAGUUUUGCUUAAUAGAGAACUAGAAUUACUAUAUGAGAAAGUCAUAUGUGAAAACAGAUGUUAACUAAAACAUCUAGUUUAUACAGAUCUAAGACCAUUGGAUUUAGGUGGAACAAUGUUACUUCUGAUCUUUUAACAUUUGUGGACUGUUCCAUGUUCAUCAAACUACUGGAAAAAUUGAUAGAAAGCCACGGUAAUUAGACGUACUUGUGAGCUUUCUUGCAGUUCCUGUGUGCACAUGCCAUGGAUCACUCCUUGAUAAUUGUGAAAAAGUAAGCUCUUGUGGAGUUUAGUGGAACCCUGUAAAGAUUUUGGGAUUGUGGUGACUGUUGCAAGAUUAGGAACAUGCCCGCUUCUAAAAGCACCUGCAUUUACUGACACCUGUUUUCAGGAUGCAGCUGUUAGCCUAUGAAAUCUAAGUACUUCAUUUUUCUUUAAGUCUUGCCCAAAUUUCUAACCUUUACAUAUGAGUGAUUUUUAACCCUAUUAAAAUGUAUUCAACCACCUCAGAUUCCAAGCCUGGUGCUGAAAUGUGUUACUCCAUACUGAAAAAGUACUAUAUUUUUGGAGCAUUUAUUUUUGGAGCAUAUUAAGAACACAAAAUUUGACUCACUUUCCAUUCUCUAACAUCAUCUGGAAUCAAACCCUUGACUGAAGCAUAAUUUUGGAAACGUUAAAAAAUGAAGCAUUUAGUCAACUGGAUUUUGUACAAUGUGUCUGUAUAAAGAGCAAAUAAAAGCUAGUUAAUGUUAAUGUACUGAUAUUAGUUACAGGCCAGUUUUAUUUGAUUAGCAAAUGCUGUAUAAUUGAUGUUUCAGUUCCAUGUUUUAAACGGUACAUUUUAAAAAAAAUACAACAAGAACAUAAUAUAAAUAAUUGUUCUGUAAAAAAUGCUUGUUAAAUAUUCUUAUGUCCCUCCCUGUGUAAACUUUGUAAAAAGAGAAAGCAAAUUACAUAGACUCAUAUAUAGGGAUGUGUGACGUUGUAAUGUGUACUUGAUAAUGUGAAAAAUAAAAAUCAGAUUAUUUUCCUGUUAA